AAACUGACGCUGAAAUACUACAAAUAAAAUUAUGUGGCCGGGAAGAAUUAAUAAAGAUCAACUUUUCUACGCCACUACAUUGAUAGUGCUUGCAAUAAUUUUUUACUACCAAUCAGCUGAUGCCUGCUAUCAGAAACAAUAUUGCCUAACGCCACUCAACUACAGCGGACGCUAUGUGGAAGAUGAGAUUUAUGGAUACAUGUCCGAUGAGGCCAAAACGCUUUGCGAUGGUUUUUGUCAUCAUAACAGUACAUUGCGAUUGCGUUGUUGCGCAUACGAUGCUAAAGUCAAAUUGGAAAGAAUAUCAGAACAAGUAUGCACAUACAAUCAUUUAUUACGACGUUUCAUCAUACAUGGCGUUCUAGUCAAAGACAACGAAUUUCCUUUUAUGGUAGGUAUGAGACUAGUAUGUGCGGAAGGAGUAAUAAAAUGGUGGUCAUGCGAGAUCAUAUCUUUGGAGCAUAUAUUUAAACAGUGA